CCCAAAUACGAAGUAGUAAAGUACGGUUUGGUUGAAACUUCUACUUGUCCGCGAACUGAUCCACACGCCUAACCCAGCGGAAGUUCUCGGUUCUUGUCUCAUCGCUAUGUGUAGACGAGCGGUGUCUCCGUUGGUCGGAAUCACAAUAUUGGUUCCUCUCGUUGCUUUCAUCUUCAGAUUCUACCACAAACCCCUCUUCCCCAAUCAGAGAUUGUUCACAGUUGAAGAGUUGGCAUUGUACAAUGGAACUGACGUUGGUAAACCCAUUCUCUUGGGAAUACUCGGGUCCGUGUUUGAUGUAACGAAAGGGAAAUCGCAUUAUGGAGGGGGAGGGGGCUACCACCAUUUUUCAGGAAGAGAUGCUUCCCGCGCAUUUGUUUCAGGGAACUUUACAGGUGAUGGACUCACAGACUCACUGCAUGGUUUAUCCAGCACUGAGGUGAAAAGUGUUGUUGAAUGGAGAGACUUCUACUUCAGAACCUACAUAUUUGUUGGUAAGCUAGUUGGUCGCUACUAUGAUAGCCAAGGGAAUGCCACAAAAUAUUUGAAAGGGGUUGAAGCAAAGGCGGCUAGAGGUGCACAGCUUUUGGAAAAACAGAAGAAGGAAGAAGCCAAGCAACCUAGUUGCAAUUCAAGGUGGAGUCAGGGAGAAGGCGGAGAGGUUUGGUGCGAGGACGGCUUCCCAAGAUUAGUUCAGCGACCUUUAGAAAUCGCUCUGACUGGGAAAAUGAGUAAGCGAUGUGCUUGCUUCAGGGAAGAACAGCUAGACCAGCCUGGGCUAGAAGUCUAUGCAGGUUGUGAAUAUCUUGCCCAGACGUGUCGUGUCUGAAUCAUGCCAGUGUAGAGCAGGUAGAAAAAUAGCAAUGUGGGAAACACGGAACAAGAAAUUGAUAUGUAUAUCUAUAUCAAUGAUGUCGUGUUUGAAUCAUUCUGUACAUUAAUUAUGAACAGUUCUUGAUUUGAUUGUUAUGGAUCCUCAAUUUUGUGAA